CGAAUAAGGCGAAGAACAGAGUUUAAGAAUGGAGGAAGAACUCAAUUAUGCUUCUGUGGUUUUCAAAAAUGGUGGUAGUCCUCAGAAAGAAAACGAUGAGGACUCUACAAUUUAUUCAACGGUUAAAUCUAAUGUUCCUGCAGCGACUGUAACAAUUAAAGCAGCUGGAGGAGCAGCAGCGGCACACUCCCGGGACUUUGUCCUGCUGCUGGUGUGUUUGGGGAUUCUCUGCGUCCUGCUCAUCUCGUGCAUCGGUGUCAUCAUCUACAUCUUCGGGGUCAUGAAGGCCCAGGAAGCUGUCGCAGAAAACGUCAUCCACCUCGAGAAGGAAAACGUCAUCCACCUCAAGAAGGAAAUUCAUCAGCUGAUGAUGGAGAAAGAAAUCUUAGGGAACAAGACUGAGUUGCUGACCCGAGACAGAGAUGACCUCAACAGGACGCUCGGAGUCAUCAUGACGUUCCAAAACUUCCCAGUCAAUAAAUUCUGCCCAGACAAAACGUGUCAGCCAUGCCGGGAGAGUUGGAUCCCGUUCCAGGAUCACUGCUACCUGUUUUGGGACCAACCCGCUCCCUGGAAGACAUGGACACAAGCACGAACAUUUUGUCGAAACAAUGUCGCAGACCUGGUUGUUGUCGACAGUUUACAAGAGCAGGAAUUCAUCAAUAAGCACACCAAGUGCUACUUCACCAAUGAUCAUGCAUACUGGAUGGGAUUGCGUAAAAAUGAGGACAACAAGUGGAUCUGGAUUGAUGGACGCAAUGAGACUUUGGGGUUCUGGAUUCAGGAGAGAGUCAACAACUCUGGUGGAUAUGCGAUGACAUUCCCUGGGCAUAAUGCGACAGCCAGCUGGGGCCCAUCAGGGGAUGGAUUUCAGCUCAAAUUCAUCUGUGAGCAUGAAGCCCUCAUCAGGACUCCAGUCAAAACAGGGAAGAAACUUCUGCACACUCUGCUACUCCUGGUGACAGCAGCGUUUGGGUUCAUCUGCUUCGUCCUGGUGUCGGUCGCCAUCGUCCUCAGAAAGAGAGAGACGGACUCAACUGGACCAUGGAGGUCAUCCUCCAGUACCAAACCUUCCCAGCGGCAACCCACUGCCCAGAGAAAGGAAUUCAUCAACAACCACACUUUGGCCUAUAAUGAUGAAAAUCACGCCUAUUGGAUUGGAUUGAGGAUGAAGAAGGACGCGGGCUCAUGGAUGUGGGUGGAUGGAACCAACGUCACUUUCCAGUAA